CUUUCUUCCUCCUACCAUUCUGUCUUCCCUCUCCUCUAACUGUCUUCUCUUCAUUUUACUGCAUCCGGUAAUCACUUCCAUGGAAGCUUCUCUGAUGGCCUCUAGCUUCUGCAAUCCCCAGACUCUGCCUAUCAACAAUCGUGCCAUCAGAAGCGUACAUAGAGCCUUCAUCUUUCAAACCAAGCACGUCCCAAUCACCAGAAGUCACUCCCUCAAGAUCAAAUCGAACGUUCAGAACAAGAUGUAUGAAGAUCAUGAAACAGGGAUUGUCUGCUACAGAAGUGAGGAUGGGGAGCUGAUCUGUGAAGGGCUCGACGAGGGCCCUCGAUAUGAACCACCGGCAAGGAAAGAGUCAAUUAUACAGAGUCGGGAAACUCAGAUCCUCGCUCUUCUUGGACAAAGCCAGAUUGAACUAGUUGAAGGUGUUGAUUUCCUCCACAUAGGAUCAUGCACAUCUCUGCGUGAAGGAGAUCAAGAACGCACCAUUCCUGCUCACUUCUACUAAGCGGUGUGCCUAAAGAGAAACUGCCGGCAAAUAGGUUGUGCAAAAAAGAAACGCUCUUUUGCUCUCUCUUUAGAUCACAGAAUAAAACGCAUGCUGCCAUUGAGAAUUCUCUGUAAAAUGCAGACUUCUUGUUUUGCAUGAAACUUGGUAGUCAAUGCAAUCUUAUAGCAGAA